UACACCCCCCACAAUGCUUUGCGUGUUCAACAUGGCGCCUCACAUCGCAGCCUGACUUAUGUCAACAAUGUAAGACACCGAAACGCGGCUAAACACGGUUAAGACGGACUGUGUGACGAGGCCGACUGGUUCCGACGGAAGAAUGAAACUUUUGCUAACACUGGUGAGACGAAUUCAUAAACCGCAUCCGUGCCGCUUCCCGCGUUGUCUCAGCUCCGGUGCCGGCUCCUCUGGUCCGGCUGACAGCGGCCUCUUACCUCUCCGGGAUGAGGAGCUGAUAGUCGGGUCGAGUCGGCAGCUGGUGCAGAGGCUCGGCGCACAGGUGGAGGUGAGGGCGGACUUCAUCAGUGAGGAAGAAGAGGGAGCUCUUAUGCAGGAGCUGGAGCCAGGCUUGAGGAAGAAACGCUACGAGUUCGACCACUGGGACGAUGCUAUUCACGGCUACAGAGAGACGGAGCGUGUCAAGUGGGGCGCAGCAUGCGAGGAGGUCUUGAGUCGUGUCAGAUCUGUAGCGUUUGGAGAAGGCAGUCCUCUCCUUGGUCCUGUACAUGUUCUAGAUCUGGACAAGGCUGGCUACAUCAAACCUCACAUAGACAGUGUCAAGUUUUGUGGCAGCACCAUCGCAGGGUUAAGUCUCCUGUCAGACAGCAUCAUGCGCUUGGUGAAGGAGGGUGCCCCCAGUGAAUGGCUAGAUUUGUUACUGCCCCGCCGCUCACUCUACAUACUGAGGGACCAGGCGAGAUAUGACUUCACUCAUGAGAUCCUGAAAGAUGAGGAAUCUGUCUUCCAUGGACUGAGAGUGCCUCGCCAGCGCCGCAUCUCUGUCAUUUGUCGGAACCUUCCUGUGUGAAGCAAAGGAGUCCAGGAGGGAAAAAUACAAAUACAGCACCUGCAGUACAGACUCAGCUGGGAUAUUACAAAAAACACAGCAUGAAUUAUGCUGGUGAUCUCCAUUGAUAGAUUAAAAAUGUUUAGAUCAGUAUUUAAAGGUGGACUUGAUUGUGGGAUUGCUGAAUAUGACGUCCCAAAUGGAAAUCACCAACGCCAGAGCCACCAGAAAAUCCCUAUUGAUUCUGAAUAGUGUGAAGAAAUUAUUGUGGCUUUGGUGUGUCACUCUUCUUCUGUAUAAUAUGGAGUGUUUAAUAGCACACACUGUUAAACCGAGCAUAUUUCCAGUGCACUUUGCUAAAAUAAAAUCUCAGUGAAAUUGCAA